AUGACGGAUAGCUCCAUCACCAUACUUAUUCAAACGAUUGGUAAAGUUACGUUAUAUGUUCCCUAUGCGACAAUUAUUCUAGGAACCAUCGGUGCUUUGUGCAACGUCCUAACUUUUUCAGCUAAAGAAUUACGGCAGAAUGCAUGUGCGUUCUACUUUCUAUGCUCUGCUGUAUUCGAUCUUUUCACGUUGUUAAUCUGUGGUGUAUUGAGAUUAUUAGUCGACCAUUAUUCGUAUGUACUACCAAAUCAAUCCGAGGUCUUUUGCAAAAUGCGUGUUUAUCUAACGGCUGUUUUCCCGAUGUUAUCAACGUCGUGUAUCGUUUUGGCAUCGGUCGAUCGCUGCUUGUUAACGUCAGGUUCGAUGCAAUGGCGUCGUUGGACGACAAUCAAAGCAGCCCAUCGUUUGCUGAUUAUCUCUGCUAUCAUUUCCAUAGUUUCACCAUCACAUAUGCUCAUAUAUUACGGUUUUUAUACACUGAACGGAGUUUCAAAUAUAUGCGUUUCACGACCAGGUGUUUAUUCGACAUUUGUAAGUUUAUUUUUAGUGAUAUGGUUCACACUUAUACCGUAUACAAUCAUGUUUAUCGCCAGUAUGACGACGUUCGCUCAAAUAAGAAAAUCGAAAGCCCGCGUUAUGCCAUUUCAGCACCAACACCACCGCAUUGAUCGUUCGUUAAUCGUCUUGAUGUUUAUACAAGUGAUUCUUAGUAUGACACUGUUAUCAAUGCGCACUGCGGUCAUCGGUUACCAGUAUUUAACAAGAGAUAUUUCGAAAGACAGUAAAUCACGUGCUAUUGAAUCAUUCAUGUCACAAUUGGGUACAGUGAUGUAUUAUAUUAAUUAUGCCAAAUCAUUUGUUUAUGUACACUUGCAACAGAAUAGAACCGGAAUUUCGACGUCAACUAUUGCUGCCUCACAAAAACGUGUCAACGGAGUUAUACCUAAACAUUAG